AUGUUCGAGAAGGACAUAUACCAGCUCAUUCGUGGCCUACGGGCUCACAAAGGCAAUGAGCGAGAGUACAUUCAAAAGGCACUCCAAGAAUGUCGCAUCGAGGUCAAAGGUCAGGAUAUGGAUCAGAAGGCUACGGCGUUGCUGAAGUUGAUCUACCUGGAGAUGUUCGGACAUGAUAUGUCUUGGGCUUCAUUCAAUGUGCUGGAGGUUAUGUCAAGUGCGAAGCCCGAUACAGAGGUCCUGAUGCUGGCUGAGAAUAUGCUGAAGAAGGAUCUUGGUAGCCCGGACAAGGCGACCAUUGCUCUGGUGUUGACCACAAUCCCACAUGUGAUCAAUCCUUCGAUGGCAAACAGUCUGCUCGCGGAUCUGCUACCACGAAUGUCGCACUCGCAUCCCGCCAUUCGGAAGAAGACCAUCGUCACUCUGUACCGCCUAGCACUCGUAUAUCCGGAGACUCUGCGCCCAGCAUGGCCGAAGAUCAAGGACCGACUACUGGACGAAACCGAGGAUGCUAGCGUCACUGCUGCAAUAAUCAAUGUUGUGUGCGAGCUUGGAUGGAGACGACCACAGGACUUCCUACCACUCGCACCCCGACUGUUCGAGCUAUUGACCGCCGAUAAGAACAACUGGAUGGCUAUCAAGAUCAUCAAGCUUUUCUCGACCCUAACACCACUUGAGCCUCGUCUCGUCAAGAAAUUGUUGCCACCCCUGACCUCGAUCAUCAAGACUACUCCUGCCAUGAGUCUGCUGUACGAAUGUAUCAACGGCAUCAUACAAGGCGGCAUCAUGGAAGCGGCGGAAGGUACCACAGAGGGCGACGAAGUAGCAAGGCUAUGCGUCAACAAGCUGAGAGCUAUGUUAGUAGUGGAAGGCGACCCGAACUUGAGAUAUGUGGCACUGCUAGCUUUCGCCAAGAUCACCGCAUCGCAUGCAGAUCUGGUCUCCCAGCAUUCAGAUGUGAUACUGGAGUGCAUUGAUGACGCAGAUAUAUCCAUCCGCACCCGAGCACUAGACCUGGUGGUUGGCAUGAUCAACGCGAAUAAUCUGCAAGGUGUUGUCGAGCGUCUCUUACGACAAUUGAAGACCGCCGGCAAGGCACCUACAGAGUCAGAUAUCUCUCACGAUCGAGGCAUGCACGAAGGCAUAGAACCUCUAGCUGAUGAGGACGAUGAAGAUAUGCAGGCCACAAUCAAGUCGAAGCAGCAGAAUACUGCCCAAGCACCUCCUUUGCCCAAUGACUAUCGUGCAUCUGUCAUUGAGCGCAUACUCGAGAUGUGCUCGCGCGAUACAUAUGCGAGGAUGAACGACUUCGAAUGGUACAUAGGUGUCCUCGUGGACUUGGUCAAGCAAUGUCCUGCCUCUGUUGCAAGUGGCGGCUUCGGCGCGCACCAUCAACAUGGUCUUGCUGACGCGUCUACUUUCGUGGCCGACCGGGUUGGCGACGAGCUUCUCAAUGUAGCUGUUCGUGUCAAAGCUGUACGACCCGAGGCUGCGGCAGCCGCUCAAUCACUGCUACUGCUCGAUCAACGAGAGCAAAUUUACCCGACUGGCAGCAGUGCUGGUCAAGGUGUGCUAAGUGCUGCUGCGUUCAUAGCAGGAGAGUAUGCUUCGAUGCUCCCAGACACAGACGCUGUUCUGACGUCUCUUGCACAUACCUCGAGUGCGAAUCUACCGGCCCCGACAUUAGCGAGCUACCUACAGGCUAUACCUAAGGUGUUCGCAGUACUUGUUGCUCAGCAUCAAGGCGCGUGGACAGAGUCACAGCAAAACAAUACAACAUUACUGACAGCGCGCGUCAUACAUUUCCUGGAGCCGCUUGUACAUCAUGCGAACUUGGAAGUGCAGGAACGGGCUGUAGAAUACCUGGACUUGAUGCGGUUGGCGGCGGAAGCUGCUUCUUCAGAACAGACUGGGAGUGACAGUGGUGGCUAUACUGCCCCGCCACUGCUAUUUACUCAGGCUAUCCCGGCUCUGUUCACGGGCAUGGAACUGAACCCUGUAGCUGCUGCAGCUUUACGAAACGUACCAACACCAGCAGAGCUAGAUCUCAACACGCCUAUUAAUUCCAAUUUGCAAAUGCUCCUGGUUCAAGCAGAAUUGGACACUGACUUCGAUGAUGAUGCAAAUGAUGUCUACCAGUUCUACAACGAGAAGCCUUCUGCGGUAGCAGUGAGCAGUCAACAGAGACCUGCUGCAGAAUUGUUGGGCGAGCCGACAGGGUCAAGCAGAUCAUCUUCAUACCAGCAAGAUCCAGAUGUCGAGCCAACGGAUCGCGAUGCCAUGCUACGAAAGAAAGCAGAAAGAAGAGACCGCAACCGGGAUGAUCCGUACUAUAUCAACCCAGACCGUGCUUCGGGGAGGUCAACGCCCAUACAUAACAUAUUGCGUAACGCCAAUGGCGAAGAACUGGAUGUCGAUGCUAUCCCUGUCAUGGAGCUUAAGCUAGGCGAUAGUGGAUCUGAGGCCAACCGACCCGUGCCUACCAAACGAGCACCCCCUGCCAGGAAGCCGAAGAAGCAUUUCGAGAUUGCUGGUGAUGAGACAUUGGGCGACCAAACAUCUACCUCGCUCUCAGCUAGUCUAUCAAAGUCGAUGCUAUCACGCUCGCAGAAGUCAUUGCUUCAAGUCGACAGCAGUGGCUUGUCCGCUUUGUCACUUUCGGAUAAUAGUACCCGUAACAGUGCUAGCCAAAUCGACAUUGAGCGUCGGCAAGCAGAGGAGGACGAAAUGUCCAAGGCCAUCAAGGAAGUCGAACGGCUAAGACUCGAAAUGCAACGUGCUCAAGAAGGGAUACGGCUUCGGGAUAUGCCAGAAGAAGGUACUAUGGUCAAGCGAAAGAAGAAAAAGAAGGCAAGGGUUGAGUUGCUUGGCGAUGAAGCUGAGGCUACUAAAGGUGAGGCUGACGAGGUGACCACCAAGAAGAAGAAGAAGAAGAAGCGGAAAGAAGACGAUGUUGCCGAGCCUAUUGCCGCGCAGCAAGAUGAAGGUACUGAUGCAGAAACUGCGCCUACGAAGACGAAACGCAAGAAGAAAAGACUAGUGACACUCGAUGACGAUGCGGUAGAAUAA